AUGGCAGCGCCGAGCACGGAGACGCUCAAGAUCGCCGAUGGUACCACGAUGGAGAUUACAAGGCUUCCUGACAUCGAUGAUGCGACAUGGGCAGAGGUGAAGCAGUAUGUGGAGAGCAAUCCCGAAACUGCCAAAUCUCUGCAGAACUUCGCGAAGAAUCCCGAGGCGAUGCGUGGCUGGCUUCAAACGCAGGCCAUUGCAGAGCAUUACAACACGUGGGAGUCUCAGAACAGGAAGCUCACCAGUGGAGAUGCACCCGUCCAGGAUCGCGUCAAGUCUUUGGAACAGGAUCCCGAGCUGAAGGAGAUGUUCGAGGACAUCAAGAAAAACGGUAUGGAGGCUGCCAUGAAGUAUUACCAGGACGAGACCUUGAUGCUGAAGAUCUCACAGAAGAUGGGAGGCCUACCAGAAGACCUCCAGCCUGUUCUGAGAAAGAUCGAGGAGCC